UUCUGGUUUCUACUAAUAGGGAUCAUGAAAACAUGAUUCGGGCCCAGAGUUCAAAAUGAUGAACUAUUCCUUUAAGUAUUUCUACUUAUUUCCUAGUUUUUUCACAUAAAAAAAAACCUCAUAAAUUAAAAGUACAUAUUCUGUGUUUAUAAAUUUUUUUACUUGGAGAAACAAAAAUCUUACAGGAAAUAACUGUAGGUAGACAGGGCAGUUGCAUAAAGUAACUUCUAAAUACACUUAAUGUACAGAUAUUGGCCUUAAAUGUAGCUAUUGAAGAUGUACUAUGCUUGUUUCUCCACUGUCCAAUCAACUUUUUAAAAUAUAAUAGUUCUGUAAAAUGACUGAUUAAUACUGUAAAUGUGCAGACAUUUGUCUUUGGUUUUAUGUACUUAUUGUGUUUUUAUACAUUAUUUCUUAGUUAUUGUACAUGAAAAAAACUAUAUUUUAAUAAGAAAUUACUGUAGAUAGACUGGGCAGUUUCAUAAAGUAACCAAUAAAAGCCCUAUAUUUACAGAGAUUAACUUGAAAAGUAGUUGUUUUUAAUGUAUUUUGACAUAAUAUAUCAGAUUUUCACUGUUUAAUGAACACUUAUAAACAAUAAUAUACUGUAAUUUAAUUAAUUUUGACUGUAAAAUCUGCUCUGUAUUUUUACAAUUUAUUGCAUGCAAUUUUGUGGUAUGGUUAUUUACUGUAGUUUGACUGUAUCCAUCUGGAAACUUUGCUGCCAGACUUUUUACGUUUUUAUUUAUUUAUUUAUUUACUUAUUUUUUUUACAGUGUACCAGUCUAAAGUUUGGACACAUUCUUUCAUUCUUUAUUAUUACUCUUUUUCACAUUUUAUAAUGAUAGUAAAGUCAUCAAAACUAUUAAAUAAAAAUGGAUGCAAGUUACGCAGUAACAAAAACACAACUAUUUAUGUUAUAGGCUCUUGGUUACUGCUUUUCCAGCACUAUCUGGUCCAGUUCUUACAUUAAAAAUAAAUAAAUAUGUUUGUUAGUUUUGUAAGAAAAAAACCUCAUACAUAGGCAAUUUGUCUAUAAAACUAUCUGUAGGCAUUUAAGCAUAAACAUUAAGAUCAAAAAGACAUUAAAAUUAUAAGAUCAUAAAAUAAUAAAGUUUUUACUCAUACUGUACAUGUCAAAAUAGCAUACUGUUAAUGUGACACUUUUUCUUGUCACAUCAUUGGGAAUAACAAAAUAUAUAAUUGUGCAUUCCAUCACAAGGAAUGAUGUCAUUAACACAAAACAAAUUAACAACCCAUUGGUUAAUAUAUUAGCCUUCAUAUAUUUUUAUUUUAUUUUUUUUAAUGCAUGAUCACAACAUCCUCAAUAUUUUUGGUAUUAAAUUAUCUAUUAUCACAGAACACUGUAGAAGAUGUAAUUAGUGGUUAGUAAUUAAUUACUUAUUUUAAAGUAACUUACCCAACACUGCCAAUCACCAAUGAGAGCUUUCUCUCCCGCGUGUCUGAUUGGUCAGCCGGUGGAGGUCUAGUACGCGGUGAUUGGUGGAGCGUUGGAGCGCAGUGUUCGAAUGUUUUGUCUCAGUAACCGUUCAGAGUGAAGGAUGCGUUUACAUACCACGUUGACAGUGUAAAAGCAGUCAGAUAUCUAGAUUAACUGUAGGCGUAAUAUAGUCAUAUAUUACUUAAAUUACAUUUUGGAAUGACCUUUUCCCCCAGAGGACAUCACAAAGAAGGUAAGAAUAAAUAAAACACGAGUCUUUUCAAAUACAAUGACGUCAAACGCAACUUCUGAAUAAUUGAAUAAAUUAUUUAAUCCAAGUAUUGACUUCUGCUUUUUUAUUUUUGUGUUUUGUUAUUAUGUAUAGCUAAAUGACAAAGACAUUGUUUACUAACCAGGAAAAACGAUUUCGGUAAACUGAAGUGCAGCUAGCUGGCUAACCGAAUGAAUUGUAUCUGUCUAUGAAAUCUGGUGUAAUGGCUCUGGCGUCUGCGUGCGGGGUUCUGUCUGAUGAGGAAGUGUGUGGAGCUGUGUUCGAGUCCACAGCUGCUGAUAUUGGGGGUCUCAUGAGAUCUCAGCGGUUUGUGUCUCCACUGCCUGAGAUCUCAGUCUUAACUCCUGCUGCAGACUCGAUCACUCCUUUUAAAGAGUCAGUGAAGAUUAAGAGUGAUGUGAGCAGAAGAGGCAGCGCUGAUGAUGGAGCAGAGAAGCUGAAGGUUUUCCUACGGAUCCGUCCUCUUACAGAGGCAGAGAAGGAGCGGGGAGAGGAGCAGGGCUGUGUGAAUGUGCAGUCUGAGGACAGUCUUCUCCUAAGAGCUCCCAAGGACUCCCGCAACAUGAAGAGUGCAGAGCGAGGGGUUGCUCAAAGCCUGCACAAGUUUACCUUCACUAAGAUAUUUGGACCACAAACUUCUCAGCAGGAGGUGUAUGAUCACACCAUACGUGAGAUGGUACAAGAUGUUCUGCGAGGAGAGAAUCGGCUCCUCUAUACAUAUGGUGUGACCAACUCGGGCAAAACCUACACCAUACAGGGGACCGGUGGAGAGGCGGGUCUGCUGCCACGGGCUUUGGUGUCUAUAUUCCUCAAGCUUUCUGGGCGUCUGUAUCCUACCAUGGAUCUCAAGCCUGUUCUGACUCAGGAGGUCAGGAAGCUGGACCCUGGUGAGGUCCGUGCUGAGGAAGUGCGUCGUGAAGCUCUGCUGAAAGAGGAGGAGAUCUCAUGUGGACAUCAGUCUAGGCUGCGUGCAGGCCUGUCCUGGGACAGCGGCAUCAGUGGACUCUCAGUGACCAUUCACAUAGCAACACAACUGGAGGAUUCAGAUGGUGUUUGUCUGGAGGCGAAUGGCCUGUCCCUCAGUGGUGGUGGUGAAGAUCUGGCAGAGGGGGUGCAGUUCUCAGUGUGGGUCUCGUUUUAUGAGAUCUACAACGAAUUUCUUUACGAUCUCUUGGAUGCUCCACCUUCACUUCAGUACUGCAAGAGAGCCACUCUACGCCUUAGCGAUGACAAACACGGAAACCCUUAUGUGAAGGAUUUGACCUGGAUUCAGGUACGAAGUGCAGACGAGGCCUGGAAAGUGCUUAAAGUUGGACGACGCAACCAAAGUUUUGCCAGCACUCACUUAAACCACAACUCCAGCCGCAGUCAUAGUAUAUUUACUAUCCGCGUUCUACAUGUCCAGCCACAAGCAGAGCUGGGACAGGCGACUCGAAUCAGCGAGCUCUCAGUGUGUGAUUUGGCAGGGUCUGAGCGCUGUAAAGACCAGCAGAAUGGAGAGAGAAUGAAAGAAGCAAACAACAUCAACACAUCUCUGCUUACACUGGGGCGCUGCAUCACUGCUCUGAGACACAACCAAACCAAUAAGUCUCGGCCUCCACUGGUUGUUCCUUUCAGAGACAGCAAGUUAACCAGGGUUCUUCAGAGAUUCUUCUGUGGUCAUGGGCGCUCUUGCAUGGUGGUCAACAUCAACCCCUGUGCCUCCACUUAUGAUGAGACACUUCAAGCACUCAAAUUCUCUGCCAUUGCCACUCAGUUGGUACAUGGCCCAUGCAGUAGGACACGUGUGGCCUACAUCCUGUCUCUGCUUCGUGAGCAGCCCACUUACACCAACAACACCACUCUACUAGAGGAGGAAGAGGAGGAGAGUGAUGAGGAAGAAGACAUUACCAUGUUUGAUCCUGAGGCGCUCCUGAAAGCCAUCGAGGUUCUGAAGCGUGAGGUGCUGCGACAGCGGCAGGAGAAAGAGGAACAAGAGGCCAAGGUUCGAGAAGAGGUCUGCACUGAGAUGAUGGAGGUCAUCAGUCGCAUGCAGGAUGACUUCAGGUACUCGGCCCAUUUCAUGGUGCAGAAGAUCCUCAAAUAUGUUUCAUUUAAGUCGAUGUUUAAGCUUUCUCCCUCGUUGUGCAGUGAGACACUGGAGAGUGAGAGGGAUCUGAUGGAGAAGAGAUGUGAAAACAAAAUCAACAACCUGAAGAGCAGCCUGAAGAAAUACUACAGCCAAGAGCUGGAGGAGCGAGAUGAGGAGAUCAGAGAGCUUACUGCAGCUCUUAAGGAAAAGGAAGACAGAAAUAUAGCCCCGGCUCCUAUGUUCCCACCUCUGAGCGAUGCCAACGGUCCACGGCGCUCGCGCCGUUUGGCUUCAAGUUCAACACACAAGCGGGACACUGAACAUGAAAGCAUGGCGCUCAUGCAGUGUAAAGCAGAGCUUGAACAGUGUAAGGCUGAGCUGGACCUGAAACGAACAGAACUGCAACUGAAAACGCUUGAUGUUGUAUACAAAGGACAAGAGCGGUUAAUUCUACACUGUUCCCCAGAACUGAAGCGUCUCCAAAAGAACAUGCCUCUUACGGGUGCCACGGGUACUCUGACAACCACAGCUGAGCGCAAACUAGAGGAGGGCCAGAGGAACCUGAAGCAGCUGCAAAUGGAGCUACAGAUGUUAGGCAUGAAGCUGCAGUCUGGAGAGAGAGCGUGCUGCCGUAACACAGACAGGGAGAAACUUCGUCAUGCCCUUUCAUCAGCAGACAGUAAACUCGCCAAUCAGAAUCAAAUGCUGGUAGAGCUGCAUACCAGCUUGCAGCUGGUCAAAGCAGACCUCCUCAGGAAAGAUGAGAUGCUGGCACAGCUGCAGAGCACUCAGCCACCCAAGCCCCCCAUAACAUCUGGAUCCUGCAAGAAGAGAGGCUGCGGUGCAGCAGUAGCUUACGUAGAGAACCAGCCUCCAGAAAAACGUCCCUUCUUCCGCUCCCUGUUCCCUUCACACACAGUGUCCAAAACACACGGCCGGCAGACUCCACAGCGGCCCGAGGCCACAACGCCCAACACCCACGUGUUACGCUUACAGCAGCCUUCCCCUCCGUCUACUCCCAUCCAGCUGCGGGUCAAAUAUUAAGAGCCUGAGGACCUGUACACUAAAGUUCAAACCUAAGCUUUUAUAUCUUAUCUAAAUGUACAUAUUACUCUUACGCUUUCAUAUUAUAAGGUGGCCUGAUUCUACUAUUUUUUGUGUCUUUUCUGUGAAGACUGGUUUCAAAAUUAUUAUUUUUUAUUACAUUUUUUGAGGGUUUCCAUUUGUAAAAGGAGAAUGUUAUGGUAAUGUACUAAUUUCAGCUGGAGACUGUAUUAAAUGCUUUAGAAUAUAAAGACUUAAACUAAUAGUUCACCUAAAAAUGCUACAUUUUGUAAUUGUUUUACUCACCCUCAUGCUGUUCCAAACCCAUAAAAGAAACGUUCUUAUGUGGAACACAAAAAAAUGUCAGAGAAUGACAGCCUUAGUCCUCAUUCACUUUUAUUGUAUGGAGGAAAAAAAAAGAUGCAAUGAAAGUAAAUGGUGACUGAAGCAUUAAUUUAUUCUGCCUAACAUCUCCAGUCAUGUCCCACGAAAGAUAGUCAUUUGGGUUUGGAACAGCAUAAGGGUGAGUAAAUGAUAGAAUUUUCAUUUUUGGGUGAACCAAACCUAUACAUUUUUAUGUUACCCCAAAUGCUUUUAAAAUGUGUUAAUUAUUUAAGUACGUAUGCAAUCCAAAACAAACUGUAUACAGGUAGUGUUAAACCAUAUAUGUAAAUUUGUACAAAACAAAAAAUUCCAUGUUUGUCAGUUACUACUUUUUGAAAUGUGUUGUUAACGGGUGCUGCUUUUUACUUGUCUUUUUUUUUUUUUUUUUGAGUACAAGAGUUGUUCUGGAAGAAUUCAGUGUUACUCUGCACAUCACCAAAUAAACGUGCUUAAUGCAAGUUGCCAAAUGCAUAGAUUAAAGCACUACGUUCUUGCAUUGGCUGCUGUUUUGCACAAGUUUGGGAAGGUUGCAUGGCUGGAGGUGUGUGUUUUUCACCGUUUGUCAUGUUUGUACGUCUGCAUGUUUUUGUUUCACCAUUUAUACAAUCAGAACUAGAUUUGUGAGCUUUGCAAUAAAACAGCCAAUACUCAUAAAUUGAUUUUUAGUUGUGCUCCUGCUUAUUUUGUCUCAACGAUUACACUGAAAUCUGUUAAUUUUAUGAUUUUGUUUUGUCAAAAACACAGAAGACAUUUGGUAUAAUGGACACUUUUGUCUAUACAAGCAGUUAUCCAACUGCUUGUUUUUUCUCCAACAUCAGCAUUAAAUAAAGUUUUAAAUCUCCAGUCAGAAUGUUGAAUUCCUCAGGAUCUGUGGAGUUGACUAACCAGAAAAGCACCCAAUCCUUGAUUU